ACGUUUAUUUAUGCCCUCUAAUAAAUCGCAAAGAUCUCAUUUUUGAAAGGUAAGCUCAUGUGAGCUGUCCUUAAAUUUCAAUGUCAUACCUUGAUGUAGUUAUGAAGAAUGCCUUGUUUCGUAUGUUGAGAAAAAGAGGGAGAAUAUUUAUUGUGAGAAAUAUUAAUUUCUCAUUAAUUCAAUAAAAAUAAUUAACUACUGGAAACGUGUUAUUCAAAGGAAUUUUGAGCAAGAUUUGGAAAAAGAAACUAAUUUGAAUUGUUUGAAUUACACUUAAUCAACAUGGGCGCAGAUUUUAAAUUGGAAGAAGUAAAUACGAUAAAAAAAGCAUCAAAAAGCAGAGGACUACCGAAGCGGUUCAUAGUUACUAUUUUAGCUUUUUUUGGUUUAUUUAAUGCUGCCUGCAUGAAGGUGUGUGUUAGCGUAGCUAUAGUUGCUAUGGUGGAUCACACUGAAGUUCAAUUUUCCAAUGGGACCAAUAGUACAGCCGAAUGUCCUGUUUUAGUUGACCAGGUGAAAACUGAGCAAAAAGCAUAUGAGGGCAAACGCUAUGAUUGGGAUUCCAUACAGCAAGGAUUUAUUCUAAGUGCAUUUUUCUAUGGCUACUUCUGUGCUAUGUUACCUGGGGGUUAUAUGGCAGAUAGAUUAGGUCCAGUGAAAGUUUUUGGUUGCUGCAUUUUUUCCACAUCUCUCUUCACUUUACUGAGUCCAUUCGUAGUUCAAUGGGGAUCGGUGCCAUUUAUUCUUCUUCGAUUCUUAGCAGGAUUUGGCGAGGGGGCCACUUAUCCAUCUGUUCUUGCAAUUAUAAGUCGAUGGUCACCAAAACUUGAGCGCAGCCGGAUAACAUCCAUAAUUUUGACUGGUGGAUCUAUUGGAAUGGUGUUUUCGUUCUCGGUAGCUGGACUACUAAGUGCAUCGAACUUUUUAGGCGGAUGGCCAUCUGUUUUCUAUGUUUUCGGUACCAUCGGCUGUGCGUGGUACUUUUUGUGGGUUAUUUUCAUCUAUGAAUCUCCAAACGUUCACCCAACCAUAACUGAAGAAGAGAUUGAGAAAUUCAAAGACGUAUCUUCCGCUAAAGACAAAGGAAAACAGAAUGUACCAUGGAAAAGUAUUUUAACUUCAUUACCUGUUUGGGCAUUGAUGUUCGCCUGCAUUGGAAAUAAUUUUGGAUAUAUUAUGCUGAUGACUCAAAUUCCAACAUACCUCAAUUCAAUUCUUCAUUUCAAUAUUAAAGCGAGUGGUGCAUUGUCUGCUUUACCUUAUGUAUCACAGACUGUGGGGGCAUGGAUAGCCUCUUUUGUUGCUGAUAAACUUCGUUCAACGGGAAAACUAAGGAUAACUUUAAUUCGAAAAGUUUUUAGCUCAAUAGCUGGAUAUGGGUCUGCCAUAUGCAUCUUAACUAUUGCAUUUUCUGGAUGUCACUCUUACCUCAUCGUAUUUUUGCUGACAUUUGGAAACUUCUUAAAUGGUUCCAAGUUUUCAGGAUUUGUUGCUGCUUCAGUAGAUAUGACGCCGAAUUUUGUGGGUAUAAUUUAUGGUUUGACGAGUGGGACAGGAAAUAUUGCGGGCAUCAUUGGACCGACGAUGUUUGGAGCAAUCAUUGCUAAUGGGGCUACCAUAGCAAAUUGGAGUAAAGUUUUUAUGACUAUUUCUGGAAUAUAUUUUUUCACCACAACUGUUUUCGCUGUGUUUGGCUCAGCUGAGUUACAGCACUGGAACAAGACAGAGCCCGUUUCGCCAAAAGAAGAAAAGAGUUGAUGAAUGUAUUAUUCCUAUGAUGUUCUGGAAAAUUAAAAUCAUGGGACAAACUUACGCAUCAUAUGGAUUAAGAAGUGUAUAGGAACCCAUGACCGGAAAUGUUAUCAUACGCUGCUAGGGGUGCUUUUCUGUUAUGAACAUUUUAUAUGUGCACCUCGGAACAGAUGCUUUUUUCCAUCUACAUUAUCUUCGUUUUAUGUUUUUUAUUAGUAAUUGCCGAAAAUUGCAUUAAAAUAGGCUGAGAAAAACACUGUAAAAUAUUCCGGAAUUCCAGAAUCAGGAAAAAUCAUGGUAAGAGGUAUUGGCACCCUGAGUGCAGUAUCCAAAAAAUCCAUUUUACAGUAAUUUUUACAGUAAUAUGUAUUUAAUUGCAGUGAUUUUAAAAAAUAUACUAUAAAAAUAACGUUAUAUCAGAUUUAUGCUUCGCAAAUUUUCACGGUGAAAAGCACUGACAGUCUGAUUGCGGGUACUUUUACCGUAAUUUGAUUCUGAAUUUUUUUACAGUGUAUCCGUUUUAUCGUUAGUUUACGAUCUGGUGAACUUAUCUAGUUAAUAUCUAAAUCAUUAAAUUACGAUAAAAAAGAUUAAUACUGAAUCAAUUUAAAUACGAUUUUUGACAAUAAUUAUUAGAAAAUAUUGAAAUUAAGUCAAUUUAGAAAAAUAAAAGAUCUUUUUCAAAGACAGACGUAGAAACAGUUUAUAAUUGGAAAGUGCCAUUAGCUGCGUGCGAUAAUCUUACUGGGCAUGGGUUCCCAUACAAUUCUUAAUUUUCGAUAUGUGCCCUACCUCUCCUCCAAGUUAACUCCAUGAUUUUAGAUUCACCUUUUAUAUACUAGGCCUCCCCAAAAUGAACAGAGAUUUAAAAAUUAAAAAAGAAAAAAGACAAUGUAGAAACAUACGGUUUGCUGUGUUCUGUGUAGAAUGAGAUAUUAUAUAAGUUCCAAGUUCCAAAAUUAGUUACAGAGCUCGUCGACAUAUCAUGCUGAGUACUGAGGAAAACCAUAAAAGAAUGAUAAACUAGCACAAAAAAAAACAACUUCAAAACUAUAAAGCAAAAUAAUCAUCAUUUGCAGAAACAACACGAUGCAGUCUGAGGGGCAAAAUUUACAGACGCUCGUGCAAGUUCAUCACUUGUUAUGAUCUGAUAUACCCCAGAAAAUAUUGUUUUAUUGUUCUUCUCAUUCAGCAGCUCCAUCUACUGACGGACUUUGCGACUAGUUUUUAAAUUUAGUUAUAAUAAAAAUUUGUUUCCUAAGCAGAUUACAGCUUAUAGUGCAAUUUUAUCUCCUUUGGUUUGAAAUUUAAUAUUGCUGGUCAUUUUUGGGAAGCUUGAUACAAACCUGCUAAAACGUAGAUAAACUUUUUAUCCCUAAGCAGCUCCAUCAGUUGACGGUGUUUGAAAUUAAUUUUAAGCUUGGUUAAAACGAAUUUUUUUGUUCCCUAAAUAGAUAAUAGCUUACGGUGAGUUUCAUCUCCUUUCCUUAUCCUGCAAUUAAUAUUUCAAAUCGACUGUCAUUUUUUAGUCCUUUGUUAAAGCGUUAAUAUUUUUGUUAAAAGAGUAAAGUGCUUUGUUAAAAAGUGUUUUGUAAAAGUGUUUUGUUAAAAAGUGUUUUGUAAAAGUGAUUUGUUGAAGCUCUGUUAAAAGUGUAAAUAAACUUUAAUAAACCAUUUCCGUGUGCCUUGA